AUGAGACUUUUAUUUGUGCUGCUGGUUUUUGUUAGUUGUGCUUUACCAUGGGUUAUUGGAGAAGGACAAAAACCAGUUUCAUUACCAAUUGUAUCAACUCCUUCAACAACUACUAAACCACCACCUCCUCCAGCACCUUCUACAAAACCACCAGAAACUAAGUCUGCACCUUCUCCAGUGCCACCAUCAGGAGAUUCUUCUUCUCCACCAGAACCACCAUCAGAUCCUGAUUCUUCGUCUUUGCCAACUGCAAAAUCAGGGCCAACAGAACCUACGUCUUCAACUUCACAAUCAGGACCAACAGAAACUUCUGAGUCUUCAGAAUCUACAGAAUCAGGGUCAGGAUCUGAGAGUUUGUCUCCGCCACCAGAAUUGACUGGACUUGGAAGUCCGACAACUACAAGAAGAGGUGCAUCUUCAACCACUGAAGAGGACGAAGAUUAUGAAGAUGAAAAUGAAGGAACCGAUGGAUCUUCUCAAACAUCAAGAGUUCCACCAUCUGGACCAGAAAGUAGCCCGAGUAGAUAUCCUACAGAUACGGAAAGGAAAGAAGAUUCAGAAAGGUUAUCAUCAGAAUCAGAAGAUGAAUCUUCUCAAUCUUCAGAACAGAUAUCAUCAGAAUCAGAAAACAAAUCUUCUCGAUCUCAGGUGCCGAAUCUUUACCUGAACCACCAUCAUCAAAAGGUGAAUCAUCUGGAUCUUCAGAAGGAUCGACAGUACCAAAACCAGGAGAACAAUCAGGAGAAGAAUCAUCUGAAUCAUCUGAACCAUCUGAUGAAGUAUCGCAAUCAGCAGAAACAGGAGAAGAAUCAUCUGAGCCAUCUGAUGAAUCCAGCUUGUCUCCAAGUAGUGAAGAAAUUUCUGAGAGUGGAUUUGGAUCCAGCAGUGAAUCAGAUGAUUACGAUUCCUGGGGAAGUGGAUUAUGGGACAGCUUAUAUUCUUCCAGCAGUGAAUCUUCAUCAUCAGAUUCUAGUGACUUAUGGUGGAAACCUUGGUACAGGUCACCAUCAUCAUCAUCAUCAUCAAGUAGCUCUUCAUCUUCAGAUUCUUGGCCAAGGAGAAGGAAAUACAGGGACAGCUCAUCAUCAUCCAGUAGUGAUUCAUCAUCUUCAGACAACAGAAGGCAUAGAAGAUAUUGGGACAGUAGCUCAUCAUCAUCUAGUAGCUCAUCAUCAUCUUCAGACGACAGGAGACAUAGAAGAAUUUGGGACAAAAGCUCAUCGUCAUCUAGUAGCGAAUCUUCAGGUAAAAUUUAAAUUUUGCUGUUUGAAAACUUUAUUUGGCAACUUCAAUAUCUUUUUUUUAGGAUUUCGUAAACCAUGGAAUAGAAGACCUUGGGACUUCUCGUCAUCAUCUAUUAGUGAUUCUUCAUAUUCAGACUAUAGUGACUACAGCCUACCUUGGGGCAGCAAUUCUUUGUCAUCUAGUAGUGAUUCGUCAUCUUCAGGUUCUAGUGACUAUUAUGAAUACUAUGACAGCUCAUUGUCAUCUAGUAGUGGAUCCUUAUCUUCAGAUUAUUACUAUUAUGAUUCCAGCGAUUCAUCCAGUAGUGGAUCAUUAGAUUCUAGUGAAUCUUGGGGCCCAUGGGACAGCUUCUCAUCCAGUAGUGGAUCAUCAGGAUCUAGUGAAUACUGGAGCGAUGAAUGGGAUAGUUCCUAUAGUGGGUCAUCAGAAUAUAGUGGAUCUGAAAGUUAUCCAUGGGACAGCUCUUUAUCCUCAGAUUCUAGUGACUCCUCUGGUGGAUCAUCAGAUUCUAGUGGUAUUUGGGGCGGAGAUACGCCGUACUACCCGUCAAUUAGUGGGCCAUCAGAUUCUAGCGAGUCUUUGGGAUCAUUGGAUAGCAGUUAUUCUUCAGAAAGUAGUUCAUCAGAUUCUAGAGUCAAUUCGGAAGUAGAUCCUGGAAAUUUAUCGCCCAUUGAAUGGCUACCAUCAGAUUCUAGUGGCAGUUCGGGAAUAUUUCCUGGCAGCUUGUCGUCUCUUGGAUCAUCAGAUUCGAGUGAUCCUGGAGCAGUAAAAUCCUGGGACAGCUCCUUUUCAUCCAGUUCUGGAUCAUCAGGCAAGUUUAUAUACAAAAUUCACACCAAAUUCUAA